AUGGAUAAAACCAUCGAUUUCUUAGAGAAUGCAGACUUACAACCAAAAUAUGUCGAGGACAAGAAAGGUAGAAAUCCGUUAAGUGGUAUUAUAACGAUAUUAUAUUUACCAUUAUUAUUUAUUUAUUUAUAUUAUUCAAUUCAGCCACAAUAUCAACCAUUACCAUCAUGUUGUGCAUGUGCAAGUCAUGCAACUCCAUUGGAUUCGUGGAUUUAUAGAGCAAAUACGGAUCAAUGUAAAAAUAGUACAGAGUGUAAAAGUUAUAUACAGAAAAAGUUAACAUUAAAUUGUGACGCUACACUAUCAUAUUUACCAAUACCUGAUACCAAUUUAACAAUGAAUAUUGCUAGUGUUGGUUGUAUAGAUUUAAAACCAGGUGAUACCUGUAGUGCCGAAUGUUUACAAGUAUCACAAAGUUGGCAAACAUCCUUAGAUUAUACAAAUCCCGAUAACUCUUAUCAAGCCGUUAUAAGGUGUCCAUUAAGUGUGGGUGUUUGUGACUUUAAAGCUGUAUACAGUAAUCAAGAAACAGUGCCCCAUGGAGUUUGCAGAUAUCCCGAAUUAAGUGGUAUUUUAACAGUACUUGGUUCAGGUCUUGGUUUGCUUAACGGUUUAUUGAUUACUAUGAGGGUUAUGUUAAGAACAUUUUGGAAUAGAAUCGGCGCUAAUAAUACAAGGAAUGGGAAUAUAUAUGAUUAUUGGAAGGGUGUAAUAAUAGGUGCGUUAUUCAAUUAUUUUGGAAUCUUAUAUUUAUCUUUAGGUAAAGGUGUUACGAAAAGAAUGAGAUAUGGUGGUCAAUUAUCUAUGGGUUUUUUAAUAAUGUUUUUUAAGUCUCCAUUUGUAAUUUAUUUAGUUCAAAUAUUUUCAUCUUUUUGGACUCCUAUAGCAAUUUUGAUGAUAUUGGGAUUCAUCUCUAUUGGUAUCAUCAUCCGUACAAUCUAUAAUUUAGUGGUUUUAGAAAUGAGAUCUAGAAAUUGCGUAGUUUUAUCUCAAGGCCCAAUAGAACAUUUUGGUAAUCAAGAUGAAGAAAAUCCAAACGAAAAUUAUUAUUUAAAAUACUAUCAACAACCCGAAAGGCUAAAGCCAGUGCCAUAUACAACAUGGAGAGAUUUCUUCCAAGGUCUAUAUAUGAAUAUCUUUUCUUUAGUUCACCUCCGAGCCAAAUCGUAUCGACGUUACUCUGGUUUGAAAAAUGGCUUCUAUGUUUCAAUUUCUUUAACAACUAUAACGCUGGUAUGGGCUUUGCUAUAUGGUUUAUGUGGAUGGGAAUAUAUAACAUACAAUUUCCCAUUUCCAUUAGUACCAAUUAAAACGAAUGGAAAUAUAAAGGAUUUAGAUAAUAAAUUACCACAAAGUUUUAAUAUUGACGAUUUUUUUAAUAAUAAUAGUAAUGAUAACAAUGCAAAUAAUAAUAGCAGCAAUGCAUCAAGCUAUUCAUUAUCAACCUCAGGCUCAAAUGAUCAUUCAUCCUCUUCUAGUAUUAUACCAUCAGCAAAUCAAAAAGCAGUAACAUUACAACAACUUUUAAGUAUAGCAUUCCUUCAAUCAGUAUAUUAUGUGGUUUCAUGGGCUCUAGUAAUGGUUAUAGUAUUUCACUUUUCAUUGUUUUUAAAGUAUCUACCAGAGAAUUCAAACUUUUUAUUAUUCAAGAAAAAGAAGCAUGGUAAUAAAAUCGACUACAAGUUUGGAUUUCUUGUUGGAAUUGCUCCGGUAGUUUUAAGUAGCUUUUUCUUUUUCUACUUUGAAUUUUACCCAUAUUUAAAUCUACCUUUACCAGACUCACCAGAUCUAUGCGCAUAUCCAAGUUGGACACUAGUCAUACCGUUUUUAGGGCUUAUACCAGGAUUUUUUUGUUUUAUAUUUGCAGUUUCAGAAAGAUUCAGAUCAGGUGUUUUAUCAGCAAUUGGAGUAUCAAUACUAUUCUUUGGUAUGGGUGCCACUAUAUUACUAUUAAACUAUUGUAUAGAUCCAUACCAAGACCAAUUCAAUCCAUUGGCCUGGUUUAUUUCGUUAAUUGGUACCUUUAUUAUUGUUUAUGGUAGUAUAAGAAGUGACCAAAUUUUAAUUCUUGAUAAAAAGAAAGAAAACCCAAGAUUCCUAGAGGAAGAAAGAUUAUUAAGUCCAACUCCAAUCAAAAAUAUUACCGAAGAUGUCUAUGUUGAUCAUAGUUUUGACAAUAAUUCAAAUUCCUCAAAUAGUAUGCAUAAUAGUAUCUUAAAUUACAAUAGCUUUAAUGAAAAUAAUUUUAUAGAACAAAUCAAUCAAGAAUCUAAAAAUGAUAUUUAUAUUAAUAUUAAUAGUAACAAAAAUAAUAGUGAUAAUAACAAUAAUGAUAAUAAUAAUAAUAAUAAUAAUGGUGGUGAUUAUAACUAUCAGAUGUAA